CUCACUUCUCUCCAAUUCACAACACAACCUUCUCUCUCUCUCUCUACACAAUGGGGUUCCCCGUAGGCUACACGGAAGUCCUCGUCCCAAACAUCUUCCUCCGCCUCCUCACCUUCCUCGCCGCCCUCCGAAACCUCGUACUCUCCCUCUUCCGCCUCCUCGGCCUCUCUGAACUCCUCGACACUACCACCACCGACCCCUACCCUCUCUCUUGGACCCAGGCCCACCAGGCCCAAUUCCGGCCCACCGCCACCACCACCACAACUACCAUCCCUUCCCUCUCCGCUAUCCUCAUCCGCGAAUUCCUCCCCGUCAUGAAAUUCAGCGACAUAGCCGGCGCCGGAGAUUUCAUUCCGGCGACGAUGGAGAACGGAUGUGCGGUUUGCCUGAGCGAAUUCUCCGGGGAAGACGAGAUCAGGUGUAUGGCGAACUGCAGACACGUGUUCCAUCGCGGUUGCGUGGACCGUUGGAUGGACCACGAUCAAAGGACUUGCCCUCUCUGUAGGACUCCUUUCGUUCCCGAUCACAAGGUGAACGAGUACAAUCAACGCCUCUGGGAAGCUUCUGGAGUAGCGGAAUUCUACGCAGAUUAAGAAUGUGAUCUGCAUAGAACUCCCCUACUCCCUUCACCGAUCUAAAUCGCCGACACUAUAAACCAGUGUCGGCGUCUCAGAUCGGAUUAGUAGAGAUCCGAUAGCAAUCUAAAAAUAGAAACAAACUCCUUCCUACAUCUCCACUCUCAUUACUUUCCUCUUUUAAAAAAAAAUGAUUUAUUCAUUUUUUUUCUCUUAUGAUAUUUACAUAUCUAGAUUAGAUUUUUUGGAUGUAGGUAGAAUUUGGUGGUUGGAGAAGCUAGUGAAAUUUGUAUAUAGUUAAACAAAAAUUGAUGAAAUAAAAUGUAAGUGAUACGAGAAAUUGACAAGCUUUUGUAUCAACUGUAUACACUCUGCUUUUCAA